GUUCUCCCAUUCCGCGAAGCGCAGGGGAAUCGCACGCGGUGAGGAGGGUUGACGAAGGCGGCGAGGCAAUCCGCGAAGAUAUUCCUCUGUUCCUUGUGUUCCACACCUGGGGUUUCUCUUCUUUUCGUGAUCGCUUCCCGGAUUUCGGUUUCCGUUACUUGACCUUGAUCCAAGGAAGCAGACGUGAACCGAAGCAUCAAUUAGCUGAGCAAUGGAGGUAUAUGGCAAAUCCAUGAUUGCCGAGACGAGCAAUGUGAUUUAUUUGUCCAGUAUUCUUAACAAGGAAGGGUUGAUUCCUAGUCACAAAUGUGACAAGAGGUGCCAAAACGAACAAGUGUUUGGAAAUAUGUACCGCUGCAAACUAACAGGACUGACACACAUCUGUGAUAAAAAUUGUGACCAGAGAAUUUUGUAUGAUAACCAUAGUUCUCUUUGCAGAGUGAGUGGACAGGUUUUUCCUCUUUCGCUAGCAGAAGAGCAGGCGGUGAGAGGUUUGCGGAGGAAGCUUGAAGUGACCAACACUGAUGGCUGUGCUUUUAAGCGCAGGCGAGAUGCCCAGCUGCAUCCUUCUCCUUUUGAGAGGGCUUUUUCUGCAGUCUCUCCAAUAUGCAAUCCAAUUGGAGAUGGCAUGGAUAUGAGUUAGAGCUUAUUAGUUCCGACCAUUUCGUUUCUCCCUUUGUUUCUUCUCUUGCCAACUUUCAUUUGGAUAGAGUCCAGAACUUCUGUUCUAUUAUGGGACCUGGAGAAAUUCUGUUUAUGUUAUGGGUAUGUAGGGAGUCUGUAGUAACUUCUAAUUGGUACUGUUCUGCUGUAACUGUUUAAUUUGAACUUUGUCUUGGAAACCAACUAUGGAGGUCUACUUCUGAGAGGGAUAUCAUAUUUGCUAAUUCCAGACUUCUUCAUAGAUGCAUCACAGACCAAGUCCUUUUAGAUUCACUGCACUCUUAAUUUUUUUAACUAAUCCUCUCCUAUUAAUUGGUUUAGAAUGUCAUUUGUGGUUUAUUUAAAUGCUUUCUCACUUGCUAAUUAAGGUAUUAUUAUAUGAUGAGUUUAACAUUUCUAUAUUGUUUUAUGAAAUCUGAUCGAUUAAUUCUGUUUUGCUUGUAGGUCAGUAUGACAACUUAAAGAGGGCCAUGUUAAUUUCUUGUAAUAAUUAAUAGUACAUUUAUCUUUGAUUUGUUGGUACUUGUACUUUUCUUAUUCAUUAACUUAAUUCUUUGUUAACUUGACUGCAGGUUUUGUGCUAUUAUUGCUUUAUCUGUUAAUAAAUUGACUUAUCUUCUAACCAUUUGCAGGUCAUUCAGGCACUGAGAGAUCAGUAUAUGAAAAUUGUUUUUCGCUGAAUUGAUUUUGAUUUUAGUGCAUGAAGAUUCUUGAACCCUAAUCUUGUAUCUCCAAUUUGCAGGUGCAAAAUGAUGGCUGCAGUCCAACAGUUUUAAUCAUAAGAUGUGAGAAGUUGAUGAUUACUUAUCAAAGGCUGGCAGUGAGGUGCACUGGCUCCUGAUAUCCUGUCAGUAGUGAGGGGAUGUCCUUUGAAGAUACUGCUGAUCUAGCCAGUUAACCUUGCAGCUACUGUAUUUGAUAUCCUAUCAGUAGUGAGGAGAUGCCGUUUAAAGGUAUCUUGCUAUUUCAACAUCAACCUGGCUCUCCAAUUCAUCUGGAUACCCAAAUGUCUUAAAUCAUGGGGCAUUGAUAUUGAAACUUUCUUGAAAGAAUUGAAAAGCAUAAAGCUUGUUUCUACAAGCUAAGUCGGUCAUUUUCAUGAUCUCAAGGCGCAGUCUGCCAUAUGAUAGAAUAUAGUUUGUAUAUUCCUUUUGUAUACGUCAGUGAUAUUCCUCAUUUUUGUAGGCAAACAUAUCCAACGUUUUUUUCAUGAUAUUAUUUUAUAAUUGAUUGGAGCAGUUUGUUUC